ACACCGGAGAAGGGGAUUCAGGGACAAAUGAUGCCACGGUGGGACCCACUUUCCUGGAGGAAAAUGAGCCCCCAAAUAAAGGAAGGAUCUGGGCUUAUAUAGGUUAUUCUGAGAGGUGGUCUAGGGACACAUCAAUCUUCUUUGUGAACCCAGGGAUUUGCAGUUAGUUCUAUCAAUCAGUGAAGGGGUCAGUUUCAGUGCCUGGGAACUAAGGGUCUGUUUUGCGGGGCGAAAUGAGAGGGAGUCUAGGGUCAGUGGUCAGUUUCUGGGAUUUAUUGAACUGGACCUGAUGGAGGGCCUGGGGUCAGUGCUGGUAUCUGGGAAGAAUCUGUUUACAGGGUUAAAUGCUUCAGUCUCUUCCCACAGASGCUUUCCAUGUUCCAUGGAAACCUCUUCCUCAGGGUUUGUUUUAUCACUGGGAAAGAAUACAUUGGGAAAGGAUUAAUGCUCUCAAUUCAUGGCUUUCCUUCUCACUCCCCUUUCCCCAGGUCUCACUACUUUUGGGGUUUGUCAUUUCCCAUACCUAAUAAACACUUUCUCCAUAUUUAGAAAAAACAAUAAACUUCAACCAUCUUUGGAAUGAAAAGAGAUACAUAAAGAAUGUGAAAUAAGAGUCUCUGGAUUUCUUUUGUAUUAAAAAAAAUUGUCUACCAGAAGAAGACUACACACUUUGUUCGGAAGGUGGGAAUAAUUAAAUAAUGACCAAUAUAUAUUACCUAUUUUGAUGUUUUAUGAGGACAAGAAAGCUGAGAUACUGUAAGAAGGGACCUGAUCUAGGACCAAAAUAUGAAUUAUUCCCCAGCAGUAAAAUACAGGGAGGGCUUCAGUGGGCCAACCUGACUUUCUAAGUCACUUAUUGUUACAUAGAAAGUCUCAAGGUUAAUUAUGAAAUAUAUAUGAAGAGUAGGCAAACCAGUCCACAGAAAUCCCUCUGCCUAUCACACUCACGGGGGCACUUAAGUCUUCAUCACCCUUGUCUCUUCUUUAUUCCACUCCACCCAGCAGUAAAUCACUGGCUUCACUCUUACAAAUAACUUCCCCCUAGCCCAUCACUGUAUACCUGCACCAAGCCCCCUUCUUGUCUGGAUUCAUGAAUGCCCUUGCCUUCUAGUCAAUCCUUAAUUCAUUCUCUAUAUUGCAGUCAUAGGGGAUGUUCUUUGUUACUGCCUAAAACCUUCCAGGAGUUUCCACCUUAUUCAAAAGGCAAGUUGUUCAGAGUGGCCCACAAGCCCAUAAGGCUCUGCUCUACUCACCCCCUGCCUCYGGGGCUUUGCACUUAUUCUUUCCUGACAGCUUGGCCAGCUCCCUCAUUUCAGGUCUGAGCCUAAGUGUCCCUGGAUCCAGAGGCCUGACUGCCCUAGGUGUACUUCUUCACAGAACGCGUGCACUCUCUAUCCCUUUUCCCCCCUUUAAAAAAAAAAAAACAAAACUUUAUUUUUUUUAAGCAACUGCCUGAAAUAAAUGCUCCCCCCUGACAACCCCUCCAGGGCAAACUGGGUGCCGAGCUCGCUGGUUCAGGGGUGCCCCGCCUGGCACAGCGCCUGGUCCUUGGGCCACUCAACACUUUUUCCGCGGGUCCACGAUUGCCGCUGCCUGGCUCCAGCGACAUCCGAGUGGCCUCUCGUGAAGCUCCUCUCCUUUUCGAACAGGGUGGGAGGCACUCAGGACGGCGGGGCCUCACGACCCCCUUCACCCAUCGGUAGAGAUGGGUGAACUGAGGCCCGGCGGCGCGAAGCCGGCCAGAGCGGACCGCCUAGGAGGCCCCAGGCAGGCCGGGCUUCGGUUAGCGCGUCGGCUGUGCUCAGCGGGGACGGUGACACCGUUCGCUGCAGAACAGGCAGCUCGGCGCGCACUAAGGGAAGCACAGAGCGCCCGAAGCUACCGGGACGUCGCCGCCUGCCCAACUCGCCGAAGAAAGGCAUCCGGUGCAUCCAUUAUGGCGCCGACGGCGGCGGGAGAGGGGCAACUGAAAGGAAAUGGCGCCGGGGCGCGCGGCCAGGCUCUGCCGGCCCAGGGCRGCGCGGCCCAGGGCCGCCAGGGCCACUAGGAGGGCCGGCCAAGGACCCGAAGAUCCUGCUGGCUUCUGGCACUGCAGACCCUGAAACUUUGACUACAACAUGGAGGACAGUUAUUGUCUCUGCACGGCAGCCCGCACAAGCAGGCCUCAAGUUCGUCCCGCGGUCGGAACUCSGCAAAAUCCUCUAUUCUCUAAACAGAAUGCGCUACGCAUACUGCGCAUCUUCGCAGUAGAGGGCCGGGUAACGACGUACAGAAUGUUACGUCGUGCCGGAGGCUCUUCCCCCAUCCCACUCCACGUUCGGGUUCAGUUGGCGCGAGAGCUCUACGCCCUCUCCGUACUUUGUUUUUCUUAGCCCAACCGCAAAAAGCGCCCAUUUCCGCAACUGACGCAAAACGCUUCCAAGAAUUGCCGUAGCGCCCGCGGACCCCCUCGGGCUAUUCCGAGACGCUGUUUACGUAUCAUCUCCGACGUACGUAGCGUUAAGUUGGAGCAGUCUCAGCGGCGGCCGCCAUUUUGUGCAGUCGCUGGGAAGGAAGGAGACGCCUGAACCGCGGCACUGCCGGGUUUGAGCGUAGCCAAACCUACCCACCGUUUUUAUAACCCCGAUUCUCUGUGUUUUGCUCCCGUCUCCGACGAGAGAGGCGGCGACGGUGGCGUCUGCGACGGGAGACAGCGCGUCGGAGCGAGAGAGCGCCGCGCCUGCCGCCGCCCCAACAGCGGAGGCGCCGCCGCCAUCGGUCGUGACCAGACCGGAGCCGCAGGCCCUCCCGAGCCCGGCCAUUCGUGCCCCGCUCCCAGAUCUCUACCCAUUUGGGACCAUGCGCGGAGGCGGCUUUGGCGACCGGGACCGGGACCGAGACCGCGGAGGAUUUGGAGCAAGAGGUGGUGGUGGCCUUCCCCCAAAGAAAUUUGGUAAUCCUGGGGAGCGUUUACGUAAAAAGAAGUGGGAUUUGACUGAGCUCCCCAAAUUUGAGAAGAAUUUUUAUGUGGAACAUCCAGAAGUGGCAAGACUGACUCCAUAUGAGGUUGAUGAGCUACGCCGAAAGAAAGAGAUCACAGUGAGAGGAGGAGAUGUUUGUCCUAAACCUGUCUUUGCCUUCCAUCACGCUAACUUCCCACAAUAUGUAAUGGAUGUAUUGAUGGAUCAACACUUCACAGAACCAACUCCAAUUCAGUGCCAGGGAUUUCCAUUGGCUCUUAGUGGGCGGGAUAUGGUGGGCAUUGCUCAGACUGGCUCUGGAAAGACAUUGGCGUAUUUGUUGCCUGCAAUUGUUCAUAUUAACCACCAGCCGUACUUGGAAAGGGGAGAUGGCCCGAUUUGUCUGGUUCUGGCUCCUACCAGAGAGCUUGCUCAGCAAGUACAGCAGGUGGCUGAUGACUAUGGCAAGUGUUCUAGAUUGAAGAGUACUUGCAUUUAUGGAGGUGCUCCUAAAGGUCCCCAGAUUCGAGACUUGGAAAGAGGUGUUGAGAUCUGCAUAGCUACUCCUGGGCGCCUGAUAGAUUUCCUGGAGUCAGGAAAGACAAAUCUUCGCCGAUGUACUUAUCUUGUGCUUGAUGAGGCUGAUAGAAUGCUUGAUAUGGGCUUUGAACCCCAGAUUCGUAAAAUUGUUGACCAAAUCAGGCCUGAUAGGCAGACACUGAUGUGGAGUGCCACCUGGCCAAAAGAAGUGAGACAGCUUGCAGAGGAUUUUCUUCGUGAUUACACCCAGAUCAAUGUGGGCAAUCUGGAGUUGAGUGCCAACCACAACAUUCUUCAGAUUGUGGAUGUCUGCAUGGAAAGUGAAAAAGACCACAAGUUGAUUCAACUAAUGGAGGAAAUAAUGGCUGAAAAGGAAAAUAAGACAAUAAUAUUUGUGGAGACAAAGAGACGCUGUGAUGACCUCACUCGAAGGAUGCGUAGAGAUGGUUGGCCUGCUAUGUGUAUCCAUGGAGAUAAGAGUCAACCAGAACGAGAUUGGGUACUUAAUGAGUUCCGCUCUGGAAAGGCUCCCAUCCUCAUUGCCACGGAUGUAGCCUCCCGUGGGCUAGAUGUGGAAGAUGUCAAGUUUGUGAUCAACUACGACUAUCCAAACAGCUCAGAGGAUUAUGUACAUCGUAUUGGCAGAACAGCCCGUAGCACCAACAAGGGUACUGCCUAUACCUUCUUCACCCCAGGGAACCUAAAGCAGGCCAGAGAGCUGAUCAAAGUGCUGGAAGAGGCUAAUCAAGCUAUCAAUCCAAAACUGAUGCAGCUGGUGGACCACAGAGGUGGCGGCGGAGGAGGGGGAGGUCGUUCUCGAUACCGGACCACUUCUUCAGCCAACAAUCCCAAUCUGAUGUAUCAGGAUGAGUGUGACCGGAGGCUACGAGGAGUCAAAGAUGGUGGCCGAAGAGACUCUGCAAGCUACCGGGAUCGUGGUGAAACCGAUAGAGCUGGUUAUGCUAAUGGCAGUGGCUAUGGAAGUCCAAAUUCUGCCUUUGGAGCACAAGCAGGCCAAUACACCUAUGGUCAAGGCACCUAUGGGGCAGCUGCUUAUGGCACCAGUGGCUAUACAGCCCAGGAAUAUGGUGCUGGCACGUAUGGUGCUAGUAGCACCACCUCAACCGGGAGAAGUUCACAGAGCUCUAGCCAGCAGUUUAGUGGGAUAGGCCGUUCUGGGCAGCAGCCACAGCCACUGAUGUCWCAACAGUUUGCACAACCUCCAGGAGCCACCAAUAUGAUAGGUUACAUGGGGCAGACGGCCUACCAGUAUCCUCCUCCUCCCCCUCCCCCUCCUCCUUCACGUAAAUGAAACCACUCAGUGGUGGUGACUCCUGCAGACUUAAUUACAUAUAAAGGAACACUGUCUUUACUUCCCCCCUUCCCUUUUUCUUUAUUUUUUUAAUUGUUUUUUUUCCCCUCCCAACCAUUGUGAUUUGUCUUUUCAUGCAGAUUAGUUAGAAUUCACUGCCAGGUUUCUUCUGCCCCCGCUCCCCCCAAUCCAGUCUAUAAUAACAGAUUUUGUAAAAAUAUACAUAAUGACUGGAAGAGAAAAAUUUCUUCCCCCAACUUCUUGCAUGUUGAGGAUAUUUGAACUAUUUUUCAUCCUAAAAGAAAAAGUAAGGUAUUAGGAGGUCCUUUUAUGGGAGCCCAUUUUUAGUUGUUGUCCUGAGUUUGUUGGGAGGCAGGGGGGAGGACUGGAUUGUCCUGCAGAAGAAGAUGGCAUCUGUGCUGUGAAUUACUCUCAUCACUGGGUUAGAAAACCAAGAGGAAUUUCCCUGCACAUUUUCCAUGAUUUUUUUUUUUUAUUAUUAUUUUUUGUAAGCAUUUCUCAAGUUGGAUCAGGGUUCCUCCGGCCUGAUGAGUUUUUUUUUUUUUUUUAAGACCAUGCUUUGCCAUUAUCAUUUCUGCUGAUGGCUUGAGUGCAUUUGACAGUUAAAUAUUUUUAAUUGGUUUUCUCUUCUCUUACUGUCUGCCUUCCCCUCUCCCAGUUACUGAAAAAUAACCAGUGUAGUGUCAGGUUAGAAAUUGCUGAGUGUCAGUUUAAUUCUUCUAUCUUUUAAUUAAAAACCACAAGGGUUAAUGGCAUUGGUUAAACUGCAGCAUCUUGGCAUUGGGGUGGGAACUUGCCUGUUUUUUCUUCCCCACUUAACCAGGGACCAUCUGUGAAAUUAAUUUCCUGGCCGGACAGUUACUGUGAGCAAAUGAAUGUCAGUGCUCACUGGGAAUUUAAUUUUAAGUAGUCAAGCCUCUGCAUUCACCUGCAGUGUGUAAGGAACCUUUAAUUAUUAAACAUUGUAUUCAAAAUGGGCAGAUUUUCCUUUUCAAUUCAGUAUUUGUAGAACUAGGAUAAAAGCAGCUCUCUUUGCCAGUCACUCUGCCCCUUUGGCCAAGCUAUUGUGAGCAAACACUCUUAAGCCCCCCAAGCUCUUCAUGCCCUGUCCUGCGUGCUUUCUAACAGCUUCUGAAGGUAUGCUGUCCUCAAUAUCCCUUUGCACUCAGCUUUUCACAGGUAGGUAGCUCUUAGGAAAUGUUCUGGAGGACUCAAGCCCAAGUCCUUUUUAAUUUUCCUUUUUUAAUUUUUCUCCAUGUGAAGGUAGGUGGGUUGGUCCCCUUCAUAGUGUUAUUGUCUUAUUAUUAAGGCUUGAAACAGCAGAUGGACCUGGAAAAAAUAUUCUGGUUUCGUGUUCACCAUAACCAUAGGUUGGGCGGGCGGGCAGGCAGGCAGGCAGGCAGGCAGGCAGGCAGGUAGGUAGGUAGCCUGCUCCAGAAGCCUCUUCCAGAUCCAUUGUGGUGGAACUGUUCAUUUUUAUGCUGUUACCAGUAUCACAGUGCAGUUAAAGGAAAGGCUCCCCUGCAUUCUUAGGCUAUGGCCUGAACAUGCUUGUUGGUUUGUAAGAUCUAAAAAUUGAAAUACUUGAGGAUUUUUUUAUUUUUGUUUUCCUUUUAAAAUCCUUCAGGGGGAGAGAAGGGAUGGUUUCUGAGGGGUUCUGAAAGUAUUGAUUCAGUGUGCAGCAUACCAGGUAGGUUGUCAGCAUAAGCUGAAAUGUGUGCAUGUAAAAACUUUGGCAUCCUUUUUUACUUUCCACUUCCUCCUUUCCUGCUCUUUUUGUUCCCCCCUCUUUAAAAAUAGAGGCCGAGGAUGGUAGGCACAGAAGAAAUACGGCAAAACUGUUCUGUGCUUUCAAACCAAAGUGAGUGUCGUGUUCCCCCCACACCUCACCCCAUCCCUCCCCAAAGAGAAGGUAUCUAAGCACUGAUCAAUCUCUUGUGGACAUUUCUUUUUACAACCAAAUUCUGAUUUUUUUUUUUUUUAACAUAGGAGAGAUUUCACUACAGGGAAUGCCCUACUCUAUUGCAGCUCCUAAAAACAUCCAUUUCAGGGAAAGGUCUGUGGGUACACGAGCAAUAUCUGGACUGCUUGCUUCCCUUUUCCAUCAGGGACAUCAUAA